UGGGAGAAAAGGAAGACUGAAGAAUUGCGCGCGCCUCACGCCGGCGCAGUGAGGUUGGGAAGGGACGGAGGGGCUGGCGCGUGCGCACUGAGCAGCUGUUUUGGCGGGCGUUGCGCAGAAGCGGCGGCUGUGAGGGGGUACAAACCAGGGAGGGGGAAGUUGGUUUCGCACCGAGCCUGUUACUUUCCCCAGGAAUUGGGUAGCCUUUGUGCAGUAGGUGCAACUUCUGCGCUAUGGGAAAGAGAAACAGGAGGACAGCAGAUAGUUCGUCCUCUGAAGAUGAGGAGGAAUAUGUUGUGGAGAAGGUUCUAGACAGGCGUGUUGUGAAGGGUCAAGUGGAGUAUCUUCUCAAGUGGAAAGGAUUCUCUGAGGAACAUAAUACUUGGGAGCCUGAGAAGAACCUUGACUGCCCUGAACUGAUUUCUGAGUUUAUGAAAAAAUACAAAAAAAUGAAGGAAGGUGAGAACAAGCCCCGGGAGAAAUCGGAGAGUGCCAAGCGGAAGUCAAGCCUUGCCAACAAUACUGAGGACAUCAAAGCCAAAAAGAAGAGAGAGAGCACCGAUAUUGCCAGGGGCUUUGAAAGAGGAUUGGAGCCGGAAAAGAUCAUCGGAGCCACAGACUCCUGCGGCGAUUUAAUGUUCCUAAUGAAAUGGAAAGACACGGAUGAGGCUGACCUGGUUCUAGCGAAAGAAGCCAAUGUCAAGUGCCCUCAGAUUGUGAUAGCGUUUUAUGAAGAGAGACUGACCUGGCAUGCAUAUCCAGAAGACACUGAAAACAAAGAGCGGGAAGCAGUGAAAAGCUAAAGUGGCCAGGGUCCUCUGUCCAUCCAUAGUUGUACAUAUCCACCCUCCCUUCCCCCCUGCCCAAACGCAUCCAUGACAAUGUGCUUAUUACUGUGCUCCACAGGAGAAAUGUUGAUAUUGGUUGGUUUAGUCAUAACAUAAAUGGUGUGUGAGUCAUGUUCGGUUUCACUCCAAGAGAUUGACAUGCUAUGUAUAUUCCUCCCUCCCCUUGUCUCUCAAUCCGAAAAGAAAAGAAAAGAAAAGGUUCUCACUUUGAAAGCCCUCUUGGAACCUCCAGGCCAUUUCCUCCCCUGCCUGGUUGUUACUUCUUCCUCAUGUUGAGUAUAAUUGUUUCCCAUUUGCCUAAAAGAGGGCUGUAAAAGUGAUGGGAGGUACUGGCAUUCUGGGAAGACCCGUCUGACUCAGCACACUCCUUGAAUUCUGAGAUUAUCCAAAUAACAGUCAAGCCAGGACUACAUGGGGCUAUUUCCAGUUGUUUUAAAAACUGCUGACAUCUUGCUAGAAUUGGGUUCCAGUAUGCUGGACAGCAGUUCUCAUCUUGACUCCUAGUGCUAGUCUCACUUGUUACCAGCCCCACUCAUUCAACACUCUAUUUUCUAGCUGCAGGGCAGGAAUAGGUCAUUUGGGAAGGCAAGCAGUAGAAACUAGUUAGCUGGUAAGGACAGUCUCCUCUUUUUUUCAGCCUAUCUUUUCAUGUAAUCAAAAUUCUGUAUCCUACUACUCCCUCCCUCUUUGUUUAUUUUAAUCUUGUAUUAACUGUGUGUUACAUGGAUAUGAGCGUAGCAGCCCAUCCAAAUUUUGUGCCAUACUUGAGAUCCUUCUCUGUUAGGGCUGUUCCAAAAAUGCCCAAAAAUUGUGGUUCCAAAAUUAAUUUCUUUCUGGGCUCUGUUGUCAUUAGGAUGACCCCUUAGGUGCUUCUUCAGAUGUGGCUGGCGUCCCGGAUAUAAUAACCUCUGUUGGAGGAUCUGCCCCUUUAUUUCCAUCAUUUUACCCGGUGCAUGUGUGUGUGUGUAUGCGUGUGUGUAUUUUUAAGGAAAACAGCCGGAGGAGCUGCCUCAUAUGAACAUGCUUUGCUUUCAAGCACCUGAUUGUACAUUGCACCCUGAUCUAGAAAGGUUCAGGAGAGGCAUGAGUUGUUCUGGACUGACAUUUAUUGUUCACUUUGGCUGCCACCUGAACAGUAUCCCAUUUUUCUGCACCAGCAAUGUGGCAGCUAAAUGAUUCCAUGUUGAGGGUGUUGGGGUUGCUAACACUAAGAAGUCAUUUCAGCAGUUGCAUUUCCCUUCUUGUUCCAUAUGGUGAGUGGCUGGAGGACCAAGUCACAGAAAGCAGGUAGUGGAAUCCCUUUCCUUAGUGCCCUUUCCUCAUGACAAUGCCCAUGCAUGUUUUUUGACAUGGAAUGUCUGUGUUGUGUAGUAUAGGUAGGAUUUUAGGGCCCUUUAGAGUUUGAUGCUGGCUAAUAUUUUCAUCUUCACUUUCCCUCAUUGCAGAUGGAUUUUGGUGUAACUCCUGGCAAUAAGGCAAAGCUGAAAGUAUUAACACUUAUAUGUCAUCAGCUGAGUUUUUGGAUGCCAGAGGGGAGCUGAGCAUCGUACAUUCUGGCAAUAGACUUGAUGGGAGCAUGCAAAAGGAUCAGUUUGAAAUGGGUUAGGCUUCUAACUGUGGAACUGAAAUGUCACCAGUCCUUCCGUUGCCUUCAAAUCUCCUUUCAGGGACUGGGACUUGGCUCUUUUGCUGCCCACCCACCCACCCACCCCUGCUGUCCGAGCCACUUUCUUCUUGCUUUUUAUAGGGAUAAGGUGUGUUUCCACCAAUGCAAAUCCAUGUCUGGUGCCAGUCUUUGGUUCAGUUUUGCAUUGUGAACUUUUUAGCUUCCUCUUUUUUCUACAGCAGACAAUCAAAGCGAUUCUGCGAUGCAUCAUUCCAUGCGAUGCUUCCAUAUUCUGAGUCCCGUCACUCUUUCAGGAAUCACUGCUUCUGGGUGGUUUGGAUAUGGCAUGGUGACAAGAGUUUGUGCUGCCCCUAGUGACUCCUGUGAUAUUAAGGGACUUUCCCAUCACCAGCACUGUUAACUUUUGUUAAAUGCCAGCACAAGAGGCACUUUUUCAAAGUUCCUCCGGCUUGGUUGCUGGAUGUUGUCAUGUCAACUGUAUUGGGACAAAAAACAGUUUUAUUAAAAAAAGUGUGAUGUUUGGGCAGGUUCCCAAAAUAAGUUCUGGCACCUAGUCUGGAAACCUGUAUUACAUCUGAUCUACCUUUCAGAGAUUUUGAGGAUGUAUAUCUGGCCACCAGGACUUGUACAACCCAUGCAGCUUCACCAGUGAGACUUUGCUAUAACUGAACAGGCAAGCUUCCGUUGUCUGCUUCUCUACUAUCUAAGAGCGUACUAGUGCCUUUUGGUGCUUGUGAAGUUGAUGAGCUAAAUGUUGGUGUUGACAACUUUCAGAGGAGUUUUCUCUGUCCUCAUAUUUGAAUGGGUUUCUGCAGGAUGGAAUUACUUUUUGAGUAAUGAGGCAAAUGGGUAGAGUCGUGUUUUAAUGUCUCUCUUUUAAGUCCUUGCUUGGCAUGUGUAAGUCAUCUGUGAAAUUGCUGAAAGAGAUAGAUGAAGGUGCUGAACUUGUAGAGAUCGGUAGACCUGUAGCCCCUGCACUUCCUGGCUCCUGUCUGAAAGCCACCAUAUGUUGCAGAAGCACAACAGAGAUACGAAGAACAAUCCUAUCUGUAGUAUCUUUAUAGUGACUUACCUUCACUUGCCUGGCAUUGAAUGCUGUGUGUGUGUCUGCAUUCGUUUGGUGAUGAACCUACAGCGCUUGAGCCCUAUUGAUGUCCUUAUUGAGUCCUCUAGCUUUUCUUAAUUUUGACUCCACUGCCUUUUUUGUGUUUUAGAAUUUUUUUCACUCACUCCCCAAACACAGACAUGCCGCGCUGGGAGAACACAGCAGCUACUAAACAGCAUUUGAGAGGAAAGAUGGAUUUAAUAGUCUGCUUGGUUUUGGUCUGACUCUGCACCACUUAAUCACUUGAAGAGUUCUUUGAGAAAGAUGACUCCUGUAAGUUCUGCUUUUUGCAUAUGGGUAUUUUAAAGGGAAAAACUUUCCCUUCCCCCCCCCCAUGUCCCCAGAUGGAAAGCGCAAUUCGUUCAGUGGUCUUAUUUUUAUUUUGCUGUUAUUAUUAGCAAUCUGUUUGAAUUGAAGCAGCAGGAAAAAUAAAACCCCUGAAUGAUCCAAAUGCUUUUGCACCUGAAAGAAUUUAAGGCAUUAGGUAGCAUUAGGUUGGCCACCUCACAUGGUGGUUGUGACUCAUUAUAGUUUCUGCCUGCUACUUAGCAAAUGGGUUUGGGGGGAGAAUGUGGAGUAGGAGCCAGGAAAAGUAGCAUCUGAAAAGGCAACAUUGAAAUCUGGCUGCCCUUGAUCAGGUAGCAAGCGCAGAACCCCAUUUCAUUUCAGAGCCGUUUUUUCUCCCCUUGGAACGCAGACUGCCCAGUUUUGGCCCUUUCCCGUUUUUUAGAGUAGGCUGCUGCAUCUUACUGUUUGCCAUGAUUUACCUCCACUUUGUCUGAAAUUUGGAGAAGUGGAAAAAAGCAAAGAGGAGGUAUCUGGAGUCCACAAUAAGGUUCCACAUCUGAGCCCCUGAUGGGGCAGAAACUUUGAAUGAUUUGCAGUCUGCUGUUUGAGGUGUCUUUCCUGUGCUGCAGUCUUAGGGAAUAAAGUCUAAGCCAGCCUUUCCCAACCUUUGGGUCCCCAGAUGUUGCUGGACUACAAUUCUUAUCAUUCCAGACCAUGCUGGCUGGGGCUGAUGGGAGCUGUAGUUCAGCAACAUCUUGGGAACUUAGAGGUUGGGAAAGUCUGGUCUAAGCUAUCUAGACUGAAAGUUUCCACAUUGUGACCAGCUUCUUUAGCUUCUUGGAGCCAAGGUAAGUGAACCAGUCAGUGUUAUGUCAAGGUAGGGUGGUCAGGUGCAAAAGAGAAGUGGGCUCCUGCACCUUUUAAUGGCUGUGUAGAAGAGGGCAUCUUCAGACAAACCAUACCUGCUGAAAUUCAUUCCACACAACUGUUAAAGGUGCCGGAUCCCUGUCCUCCUGUACACCAGGCCACCCUGCCAGUAGAUUGCAGGCUAAAUAAGAGACCUUUCUCUUCUUAAGAUUAAUUGAGGAACUAGUUCCCAGAUCCUCUAAAAAUCCCUGCAGUCCCACUGGAUCAAACUGUGCUUCUCUCUCUUCUUGUUACUGUAAAUAAAAAUUGUCGGAGAAGACAAGAGUGUUAAGAGCACUGGAUGCACAUCUUCUCUUUAACCUCCACUCUACUGCAGCAUAAACACUAUCCCAGAGAUCACCAAACCUUUUAGACCAGGGGGAACAUUUUGAAUGUUGAGAGAGUGCUGUGGGUGCCAGGCACAAAAUGGCUGUCAAGAGUGCACGGCAUAAACACAAGGCUGGGCAUAAUGGCACAGCAGGAGACAUACAAAAACCUCUGCAAAAUUUUCUCAUUUUUCAUUUGCCAUUUGGGCAGGGGUUUCUUUAACAUCCAUCUGUGCUUAUUCUAUAGUAGUAUUUGCAGAAAAUAACUUGUAGGAACGAUUAGGUCCAUCACCAGACACAUACAUCCUGGUUGCUAGGUAAAAAGGAAGGGCAAGCUACAGAGAUUCCAAGGACUACUAGAAAAUUAGAAGCAAGAAAAGUGCACUAAAGGGGAGGGAAAAACAGAAGUUCUUUAGGAACACAAGGAUUUGUGUUGCCUGGUGUUGAAAAAACUCACUUAUCAAUCACAGAUCUGACUUCACUCAUUGGCUAAAAACACUGAAAGGUUUCACAGAAAUUGCAUAGAAGGUGCUUGUACAUCUUGCUUCAUAACUUCCUUUCUAGAAGGGGUAGAGACUUUUUUUAAAAUGAAAGCUCAGAGUCAGGGGCACCUGCCUGUGAGCAACAGUGGAGACCUUCCCAGGUGCAGUGGCAUCCAUGAGCAGCGGGUUGGUGACUCCUCCACGCACACACACAAGCUGCUGCUAGUAGAGGUUUCUAUCUGCAGCUGAAAAGAUUUCUGGUGAAUAUAAGCACUUGUGUGUUAAGCUAAAAAGAAAGCAAAUACGUCUGUUAGGGAAAUUGGUAUUUGAUAAUACCAUUGUCUAAGAGUAUUUUAAUAUUAAAGCCACCUUUAGCUAAACACACUAGAACUUCCCUUUCUUGCAAGUAUUUGUGCUGUGAUUUCUCAGAGGUGUGCUUGUGUGUUUUUAAAGGUCUCAUGCAGUUUCUGGGGGGAGGAAAGGUAAAAUAACUAGGAUGCCAUCCUGCCUUUCUUCCCACUUCUUAUUUUUUGGAUACACUGUUAGUCUGUGGCAGCAUACAACCCUCUCCUCGGUUGGACAUUUGCUGUGGUGCUCCUUGCCAAGCUAAACAUACCCACAAAAUGGGUUAGCUGCCUUUUAGUCUUCUCAGUAGGCAUAAAUGUAAAGAAACAUUCACAAGUUUCACAAUGUGAACUGAUGCUAUGCCCUGUUCAGAAAGGCUUUUUUAAAAAGUUCUAACUAUGCCCAAACCAUGGCCAGAUUCCUAUGUACCAGAAAAGGGGAAAUACACCUCCCCCCCCCCCGUUUCCUCACAUCAGCUGAACAUCCUGCAAGAUAUGUAAAACUAGCCAGCUGAUUCUAAACAUCUAGGAUCUCUAAGCCAUUCAUGCUGCAUUUAGGUGGUUUCUGAACUGAUCCCACCUCCUCAUUCUUUGGCUCCUGGUCUUAAUGUUUCAGUGGCAAAACAAAGCAUUUUGAUGUUAGCUUUUUUGGUGUCUUAUAUUUGGAAGUUGUGGGAAGUGUACGUGUGAUGAGUUGUUCGGGGAGAAGGUUUGAAUUUUGAGAUCUUGGCUUUCAUCAUAGGUUUGUAACUGUUUUAUGUGUAUAUGUGUUGUUGGGGCUUUAAAAAUCUAGAUUUUUUUCUUUUUAAAUUGGGUACUUCCUCUCUGUAUUCAUCAUGGAUUAAGUUCAUGGUGAGACAUUCAAUUUGCAGGUGCAGUCUUCUGACACAUCCUCUUCUUAGCACACUGUCAAAAAAUGAAUUGUUACUCUAGUUGCCUAGAAGAAUGAAAUAAAAUUCAGAGAGAGAGAAUUAAUUUUGUUUUAAUUAAACUCAUUAAUUUUUUGAUUAACAGUCUAAUUUUUACCUGGGGUGGCAUCUAAAUCUAAUCUUGGCUGUAUGGGCUCAGGGCUGUAAUGACACUCUGUCUCCUCCCAUCAGUGGGAAACAGCGAAGUAGGCAGCAGGAGGAGGAGAGAUGCCAUGCAUCUGUCUAGCAUGAUCUGAAUGUUCUUGGAUCCUUAACACUGGACAUGCCUUUUGUUUGAAAUGUGUGAACCGGCACAUUAGGUUUUACCUGCAGCUUUUGCCAUAACUGUAGUGUUCGCAACUUGCUACUUAACUCAUGGCAGAAUAGUAGUCGGUGUUUUAGCUGUAGAGAUUCCUGUUCCUGAAGCCUCUUUAAAAGGCACUUUAACCAUUUUGAGCUAGAUCCUGAACUUCUAGUGCCAGAUCUGAGAUUCUUGUUUCCACGACACAAAGGGCACAAUUCAUGUAACAAUGAAUUUUAGCUGCACAAGAGAGACAUCCAAGACAAGACCUCACUUCAAAAUCCAAAACCCAGAUUUCUUUUUCUUUGAGAACCAGCUUAUAAGUCUGGUUUGCUUGUGGUUGAGUGCUUUUUCUUUUUUUCACCCUGCCUGGAUGCAACCAUCCUUUGGGCAGAUAAAGUUGCCUGAAUUGUUCACAACAUAUUGAAGCCUGAUGUGAAGCCUUCAGAGAGAGGCAUGUAAAGUUGUAGCUUUUGCUUGUGGCAAACAAUUCAAGUAACUUUGGUUGGAUCCAGCAGAAGAACAAGCCCAAUCGCAUGCAGAGUAGUUGUGUGAAAGGACCUUGAGAGUUUGCAGCUAAGAAACCGUGUUUGGCAAGGAAAUGAAAUGCGUCAAGGUGCAACUUGGUCAGUGUUAAAGUUUAAAGAAUAUUGGAUGGAGGCUUUACUGGGGUGAUGUGUCAACUCUCCCCUUCCAACCACAGUUGCCUACUGCCAUCCACAACAAGUUGUUGAUGAACUUUUGGUUGUGUGUGAGUGAGUGAAGCUCCCUUUUUGGUGACAUUUUAGCCAAGCCCUUUGAUUCUCAACUAAUGUAUGUUAUGCUGGUUUUUAAAGUGUGAAAAUGAUUUUUAAAAUAAGGAGCUAUUUGUCGUACAGUUUGACAUGUUACAAACAAACCUUUCUCCUCUGCCCUGUGUUCCUCAUCCCCACUCUUUCAUACUUCUUGUAUUGGUUCUAAUAAAUGGUUACUUUUCA